AUGUCUCUGCGUUCAGUCGUUCCUGCUGUGUUCAUUCUGUAUUUAACACUUUGUAUGACUUUGGCCUCAUCGCCUACCUGUAAGCUGAAAAUGAAAAAAGCAAUAGAAGAUUAUGGAUAUUAUCAAGAUGGGGACAUAAUAAUCGGAGGAAUAUUUACAGUUAAUCAGAAUAUGGAUGAAUUUCCCCCCGAUACUUUCCCGACGGUGAUGUUUUGUAAUGGACCUCUUUUAUCCAAUUACAAAUACUUUUUGGAUUUUCGAUUUGCCAUUGAGGAAGUCAAUAAAAAUCCCCAUCUGUUACCCAAUGUGACAUUGGGAUAUUAUGUGUCUGAUUCCUGUAUCAAUGCCAAUAAAGCUGUGAAAAGUGCAAUACAAAUAUUAUCAGGCCCUGGAGCUACUGUACCCAACUACUACUGUACAGGAAAAGAGAACAUUGCGGGUUUUAUUGGGGAUCUUCUAUCGGUAACAACUCUAUCCAUAGCACAAUUACUGAAUGUGUACGGAUAUACACAGAUCAGCUAUGGAGCUACAGACCUGCUGCUCAGUGACAGGAGUAUCCAUCCGUAUCUUCUCCAUGCAACGCAUAGCGACCAUGUCUACUUUUCUGCUGUUAUAAGAUUAUUGAAGCAUUUUUCAUGGAGCUGGGUUGGAAUUGUAACCAGCGCCGAUGAAAGUGGAGUCAAGGAGAGUCAAACGUUGUCUUCAUUUCUUCAUAGCCAAGGCAUCUGUGUGGAGUUUACUGCUAAAAUUGUCUCUUUAAGAGCUUAUAAUGUUGAUAUAAAUAGCAGAAACGUACUAUUCAUAAAUGAGAAAAACAAGAAGAUUAUCUCAAGCUCGUCCUCUAAUAUUAUUCUUAUUAGUGGAACAGUUUCUUACUACAUGGCUGCCAUCUUACUACUGCCCGACUAUGUUCUAAAGACAAAGACUUUUAUCCUUCCACCAAGCUGGUUAACCAGUCAUGAAAUAGUACAACAAUGUUCUCAGGCAUUUAACUGUUGUCUGGGAUUUCUUCAUUAUAUGAAUACUCAUAUAGAAUAUAAUGGACAUAGAGAGUUCUUAAAGAAUCCAUACGAAACAGGCGAAAUGAUGCAAUUUCUUAAGAACGUCCAUCCAUCCAACUAUCCAGAUGAUAAGAUGCUUGAAGAUAUCUGGAUGACCGGUUUUGGGUGUUUGACAACAAAUCUAUAUAAAAAUAGAGCAUUUGAAAUAUUUUUAAAAAAGAGACUGCACAACUGUUCGGGAGAUGAGGAUAUAGCAGAAAUCCCAUAUUCAAUGGUCAAUAUACGCCCUCCUGUUGUAUACGAUGCCUUACUAGCCAUUGCUUAUGCACUGGAUGCUAUGCUUGUUUCUGCGGGAAAGGAAUUUCAUGGGAAGAAAAUGAAAAGUCAUAAAUACAGACAUAAGUUAAAUCGAUACUUGAAGUAUAUUUAUUCCAAAAAUGGAUCAGAGAAGAGAUUGUACUACGAUGAGAAGGGAGGAAUGAACAUAGUUUAUAUGAUAUAUAACUGGGUGAUGAUAAGAAAAACAUUUCUCAAAAUUAACCAAGUGGGAACUUUCGUGCCAUGGGAAUCAUCAGAAAAGCAGCUUUACAUCAACACAUCACUGGUAACCUGGAAGAAUGAAGAGCUACCAAGAUCUCAAUGUUCAGAAAAUUGUCCACCUGGUAGCAGGAAGAUCAAGAAUAAUAAGAAGCCGAUCUGCUGUUAUGACUGUGUAAUGUGUUCUGAAGGAGAAAUAUCCAAUAUCACUGAUAGUGAAAACUGCAUAAAAUGUUUACUCAUAGAAUGGUCAAGCAAUAAAAGAGAUCGAUGUCUUCCCAGGCAGGAGGAAUUCCUCGCCUAUUCUGACAGUCUCGCUAUAACAUUAUUGACCUUUGCUCUUCUGUUUUGGACAAUAUCUGUUCUGAUAUUAGGAAUAUUUGUCUCAAAUAAAAAUUCACCAAUUGUGAAGGCAAAUAACAAGGACCUGAGCUUCAUCCUUCUCGUCUCACUCUCAUUGUGCUUUAUCUGUGUGUUUUUAUUUAUUGGUCGUCCUUCUGAUAGGACCUGCAAAUUUCGACAAAUAGUUUUUGGCAUCAUCUUCUCCAUCUCUGUGUCUUGUAUAUUGGCCAAAACCAUCACUGUCUAUACGGCUUUUAAAAUAUCCAGACCUGGAAGUCCAUGGCGAAAGCUGAUGGGAAUGAAAGUGUCCAACUCUAUAGUUGUAUUGGCCUCAGCCAUUGAGGUUAUUAUCAGCAUUAUUUGGCUAUACUUCUCUCCCCCAUAUCUGGAGCAGGACACACAUUCCUAUCAGAGAAGGAUCAUCAUUCAGUGCAAUGAGGGAUCUCAAGUUGCCUUUUUUGCAAUUCUGGGUUAUUUAUUUUUCCUGGCAGCUAUUAGUUUUACUGUAGCAUAUUUGGCUAGAACAUUACCAGAUCGAUUUAAUGAAGCCAAGUACAUCACAUUCAGUAUGCUGGUGUUCUGCAGUGUCUGGAUUUCUAUGGUACCGUCUUAUCUGAGUUCUAAAGGAAAAUACAUGGUGGCCGUAGAAGUUUUUUCUAUAUUGGCAUCAAGUGCUGGACUUUUAGGCUUUAUAUUUUUCCCAAAGUGCUACAUUAUUUUCCUCAAGCCUGAAAUUAAUAAAAGAAGUGUAAUGCACAGGACUGUAAAAUUAUAA